CACUUCAUAAGGGUCCAGAGACGUCCGAGGUCCACGAGGGCUCUUAAACUCGACAAAGACUCUGUUCUCGUCUGAACAUGCGCACUUCGACAAGCUGCCUUGCAUCGUCAAUGGCAAACCUAACAAGCCGCACGUAAAAUACCAUCACGCCGCACUUGGAAUGCCAGCGUCACACGAGACGCAGGGCGAGAGUCGGCCAAAGCGGCAGCGGAUCAGUCGAGCAUGUCUUGGUUGUCGAACGAAAAGAACAAAGUGCGACGGUGUUCAUCCAAUCUGCGGUGCUUGCAAUCAUCGUGAGGAACAAUGCGAGUAUCCUGAAGGUGAGAGCAAACGAAAGAGGCCCACCAAUGAAUAUGUUCAUGCCCUUGAAGAGAGAGUGGCCUUUUUGGAGCAAGAGCUCGCCCAAGCAGAUCGGAUCAGCGCUCGUCUUCUUAGGAGCGGUGAAUCAAAUUCCACUACUCAAGACACGCCAAGUUCGGGCAAGUCGAACGCCACAGAGGAGACCGACGAAGUCGUGGAGAUGCUCGGUCGGUUCACAUUGGGCGAUGCUGGUGACCUGAGAUACUUUGGCGCGGCAAGCAGCUUCAACCUAGGACAUAAUGUUCCAACUCACGUCGCAUCCGCAGCGCGUGCGCAAGAAGACGGACUACAGGCUGCUCAAAUUUCUGGAAUGCAAGACGUGCCGAAUGAGCUUCGCGACCAUCUGCUUGACCUAUUUUGGCGGUGGCAGAACUCGUGGCAGGUGCUUGUACCGCAAGCAUCCUUCCUUGAUGAUCUGCAUACGGGAGUCAUGGGAAGAUAUUGCACAGCCUUACUUUUGCGAGCUAUCCUUGCCUUGGCGUCUCGGUACUCAGACAGGAGCGAGGUUCGAACAGAUCCCAAUGAUCCCAAUACAGCGGGUGCUGCGUUUGCCGCAGAUGUCGAUAUCAUGCUGCACUUCGAGAUCCGAGCGCCAACCAUAUCUACAAUUCAGGCAGCUGCUCUAUACGGUCUUUACGUGAAUGCUACCGACAAUGAAUCCCUGGCCUGGCUCUACGCUGGCAUAGCUUCACGUAUGAGUUUCAGUCUUGGCCUCCACGAAGAUUGCUCCGACCUUGUGAGGUCUGGUGUUCUCUCCCGCCAGGCAGCUGAUGCGCGUAAUUUGACAUGGAAUGGCGUGUACAUCGUCGAUAGACUGUUUGGUCUCGGAAUGGGACGACCAAGUGGCAUUCUUUCGUCCCUAGCUCCAGCUGUCCCAAUGCCCAGCGUGUGUUUUAAGGAACCAGAUCAACACUCUAAUGUCCCUGAACUCAUGUCCCUCAACACCUGGCACACAAGCAAGUUAUUCGAGAUAUCUUCUGAUGCACUCGAUCGCAUUUACUACAGACGACCACGAUUGACUACUGUCAAGAGAGAUGAUACGAUUUUGCAAACGUAUUUGCAACUGACUGAGUUUUUCAACAAGCUGCCACAGUGCCUUAAGAUAUCCUCAUCGUCUUUGAGACCAGCUCUGCCUCACGUGUAUCAGCUACAUCUACAGUACCAUGUCACUCAGAUCUUACUACACCGCCACAUAUUCCAAAGAGCCCUCAAGAAGAGUCGUGGUAAUCCCAGCGCUUUGAUAACUGAGCGCGAAAGCUAUCACUCCCAAGUGUGCACAACGGCCGCGGACAAGAUUGCACACAUCUUUCGUUGCUACCAAUCGAAUUAUACUCUGCGAUGUAUCCCAAUAUCUGCAGUGCACGCUGCGUUUACAGCUGGGCUUGUCCAUCUGGUAGAUGCGAAAGACCCGGGAAAUCCAAACCCAAGCAAGUCUUUAAACAUGCUACGAUUGCUCGUAAGCAGCCUCUACAAGAUGAAUAUCGCAUGGUUCUGGUGUAACCGUUCUAUCAUGGUGAUAGAAAGCUUGACUGAGCAGUGGGGAGUGGGACUGCGGGAUAAAGGCCAGGCUCAGCAGAUCGAUGAGGAGUCACAACGCUCCUUCGAGAGAUACAAACUACUCGUACAAGGCUCAUACCCUACUGAUGCAACACGGGAGCGGGGCGUCUUUUCACAACCGACCUCUGAGAACACCUUGGAGGGCAUGGGCUUUUUCGAUUUUGGUCUUGACCUUGACUUCUUUGACCUAGGGAGGCUCUAUGAUGACUUUUGCGUUCCCGAAGGACAGAACACAUGAAAGUCUUCUGCAAACCACGUCGGAACAGACAUAUACACUUGUGAGAGUUUACGGACAAUUACUGCAGAAAGCCGAAUUAAUAAAAUUGUCUGGUGCCCUG